GAAGAUCGUUCAUUUCUUUUUGGCGCCUGAUGUUUUGAAAUAUAUGCUUUUAGGUUACAUCGAGUCCGGGGCAGUCUUUCGUGAAGAAAUGUUUUCCAGAAAUAAAAAAGUCGAGACAGACAUCGACGUAUUGUUAGACGAGCCGUUAACCAGUGAAUCGUGUACAAAAGUGGUGAUUGAACUCAUAAAAUACAUUCUCUAUCAAAAGCAGCAAAUACCAUUCGCAUACGAAGCUUUAGCUCAGUUCCAGAAGAGUAUGAAGGCGACAGACAGAAACACGGUGCCCUUUAAAACCUUAACGAACACGUUAAAGAGCGUCUCGGAUAAUCUGUUUUCGCAAUUCUUUCUCAAAGGAUGCGACAUGCAGGAAAUUGCUAUAUUAAUUGGUGCUACAUUAUCAUCACCAAAACUGUGCAUUAGGAUAGAGCUUCCAUCAUAUGUUCUCAAUAGCAAGCAGCACGAAGAAUAUCAGCAUUCUUCGCGGAAACCGCUUGUAAAACUCAUGAGGUCUAUGCUGGAAUGUGACGAGUUUCAGACAGCUAUGAGUAUUCCUAUAAGUGCAACAAAUACUUUUAUUAUGUUGAAGAAAAAGGACAGUAAUCCAAUAUCGGACUUCUUUAUACCUAAACCACAAUAUGUGAUACCUACGCAAACCACAAGUUUUAACAUCAGACUGUGCCAGAGUAAUCAAGUGAACAUACAAUGUACUUGUAGGAAUCUUGUUAAAGUGCAUCACGAUUCAUACACACUUCAUGCAGCAGAAGACUACAAUGAAGAUAAUGUGCAGUAUAUUCAGCAUGAUAGUUCCACUCAAUCCUCGUAUCAUUGGCAUCAGUCAAAGCAAAUCAUAAAAGGAUUUAAGUAUCAUUUGUGACCAUACACUUAAGUUUACGAUAUAACAAUUAUAGCAGAAAUAAUUUCAUACUGUUACUGUAUAAAGCACAGAUCGAUGAUUUUUCUAUUUUGGAACGAUAGAUCAAUAUCAUAAAUUCAUUUUAAUCAAGGUUAAUCAAUGAGAUAGUAUUAGAUAUUAGCAUAUUUAAUAAUGCACUUAUUAUUGUACGCAAUAACAAGUUUGAAUGAUGAACAUGAUCUGGUCACUGUUAAGUGCCAUAAGGUCGUGUGAUAGAAAUUUUCACUUAUUAUCAAAGAGCUGACAUAGUAUUUUAUAUUUGUACAUGUGAUAAGUCUUAUAAGCAAUACAGCCAUUAUAUUGGCUGUAAUUGGUAUCAAUGCAAAAUUAUGUGACAAUAGAACUUUAUUGAUAGAAUUUUAUUGAUAUCGCUGUAUAUUCAUCAUAAAAGUUGUAGACAUGAUAAAAAUAUUAUUGAUUUAUACAAAGUAAAGCAGGAUUUUCAUAAUGGAUUUUUUAAAACUUGUGACAAACAUUUUUUGUUGAAUACAUGAUUAUAAUUGUUAAACAUUUUUACUGAGUUGUAUUAAUUUGU